GUUGUUCUCGCUCAUUUCCCCUGUGAUCGUGCCACCAGACACAUCUUGGCUCUCCUCCUUGGAGCAAAGGGGAGAGAGGGUUCUGUGCAAUGGACGACUUGGAUGCUUUGCUGGAAGAACUGGAACAAAGCUCUAAGGAGCCCAAAGGGGGCUAUUGCCUUCUGACACACAGCUCCAGUGAGCAGAGACCGGCCGCAGCAGUGCCCGAGACAGGCACUGUCCAGAACGAGAAGCUAGUCAACUCAGGGACCCGUAAGGUACAGCCUGCAUUAAAUACUCGGCUCCAGGAAUCAGAUGGCAAAAAUGUCUACAGUGAGGUUCCAACUCCGCAGCUGUCGCUUCCUUCCCCUCCUCCCCCGACGGCCGCUCAACAACUGGAUGAGCUCUUAUCCCAUUUGGGCCAGAUGCAGUCCAAGAUCUCAGCGGUGGGUUCUGCCGCGGAGCCGGAACGUGCUAAGGGGCCGUCCGCAGUGGGGCCAAGUACCGGCAGCACCCUUGAGAGCAUGCUGGGGGACCUGACGCAAGAGCUGCAGGAUCUUGGCAUCACUGCCGUGCCUAAGGGCGACUGUGCUUCCUGCCGCAAACCCAUCGCUGGAAAGAUGAUCACUGCUCUGGGGAAGACGUGGCAUCCCGAGCACUUCACCUGCACCCAGUGUGGACAGGAGAUCGGCUCCACCGCUUUCUACGAGCGAGGCGGACUGGCGUACUGCCAGGAGGAUUAUCACCAGCUCUUCUCCCCCCGCUGUGCCUACUGUGCCGCGCCCAUCCUGGAGAAAGUCCUGACGGCCAUGGACAAGACUUGGCACCCGGAGCACUUCUUCUGUGCUCACUGUGGGAAGGUGUUCAGCAAUGAUGGUGCGUCCCCUGCUCUUCUCCUGCCAUACGUAGAAAGUUGGGAUUCCAUGGGGAUCUAGGCCUCUGUCUUGACC